AUGUACUACAUUAGCAGGACAGCGCGGGACCUCCCCGCCAAUGCAGUUCGCAAGGUACAUGCAAGCUCAGUAGCCAACUGGGCUGGGAAUUCUUCCGAGACCAGCCCACCAACCAACGAGCCGCAGCACCCACUGCUCACCAUCUCAGCUGGGCAGUCUAUUCUUAUCAACCAACAUAGGCUUGGUAUGCCAGAUCGUCUCGUGCUGAUGUCAGUUGGUUGGUGCGACAAGCUGACUGCGCCGCGACUUACAAGAGCCAACAGCCUGGGCAGCCUCGACGACGACACAUCAACCAACAUCAACACGCAAUUGAGACGAUCGACCAACGCCCCGACCCCUCUUCCUCCCUUCUUCGCUGGACCUCUCCUCUCCUCUUCACCUUGCAGCCAAUUGCGGUUCUACUACUCAUUACAACGCUAG